AUGGGCGAUUUUCAACGUAAACUUAAAGAAGGUGAAAUUUUACGCUAUAAAUCGAGUUUUUUGGGUAAAAAAUGGAAAGAAUGUUGGGCGGUGCUGUUCAGUGAUUCUGAAUUCAUAUGGUAUGAUAAAAAGGGUGAUUCAAAACCGGCAGGUUCAGUUUUCCUGAAGGAUGUUGUACCAUAUACAUGUGUUGGACCAAUGUGUGACCGUAUGCCAGUACGUCGACCAGAAUUACCACAACGAUAUUCGUUGUAUCAUUUAGUGGGUAUUGGAAUGGAUUCACAAGCAAGCAAAGUUCAUUGGUUCCUAUUCUCAUCCGAUUCCGAUCUUGAGGCAUGGUUUACGGAGAUUAUGAAAACUUUGCCGAAGCCAAAUCCUCCUCCAGCUAAUGCUUCACAACAAUUACCAUCAAGUGGACCUAAUGCACCGCCUCCCACCUACAAUCCUCCACCAGUAUAUCCGAGUGGUCCAUCUCAAAUGACCAAUACAUUCCCUAGCCAACCAAUAUAUAAUCCACCAACAAUUCCAUCACAACCACCAGCAUAUCCUUCAACGGUACCAAAUUAUGGUGGUAGUGGUGGUGGUACCACAGUUAUUAUUGAUCGAAAUGGAGGAGGUUACGGACAACGAUAUGGUGGUGGUAGUAGUAGUGGUCCUGGUCUUGGAACUGGCAUGUUAAUGGGUUCAUUGCUGGGCUUUGGAUUAGGAAGUAUGUGGGGUGGUGGUUUACAUUCAGGAUUUGGUUGGGGUGGUCACUGUUAUCCAUCACAUCAUGGAAUGGGCGGUGGUUUUGGUGGAGCAUAUAUGCAGGAUAACGAUACAUAUAUCACCAACAAUUACUUUGGUAGUGAUCCAGAAAAUAGAGGUACAAUUAGUGAACAUAAUGCGGGAUCAUCAACUAUCGAGACAGCUGAUUCAACAAAUAAUCCGGAAACGGUACAGGAUUAUUACGAUGGCUAUGAUGUGAGUGGGGGAGGAGGAGGAGAUUAUGAAAAUUCCGGUGAUUAUGAUAUAGGAGGAGGAGAUGAUUAUGGUGGUUAUGAUAUAGGUGGUGGUGAUGAUUUUGGUGGAGGUGAUUUUGAUGGAGGUGAUUUAGGUGGUGGUGAUUGGUAA